GAAAAUUAGUAUCAGAAAAAGGAAUUAGAAUACCAGAUUCAUAUUUAGAGGCAAUAGAAAAAUGGAAAUGGCCAGAAGGAUUAGAAUCAUAUGGAGGAAGAAUAACCUGGAUAAUGGACUUUAUACCAGAUGCUCAGGAAGAUUUAGCAGAAAUAAGAAAAGUAAUUAAUGGAGAAACUACGGGAAUAUCCUUAAAUUAUAAACCAGCAAAAGAAGCCUUUGAAAGACUUAAAGAAAAAAUAAAGAAAAGAAUAACUUUAGCUAAACCAAAUUACGACAAUAUCAUGAUAUUAUCAUGCGAUGCAGGACCAGAAGCUUUGGGAGCAUGUUUAUUCCAAGAAGAAAAAGAUGAAAAGGGCAAAACGAAAAGGAAUAUAAUAGGAUUUUAUUCGAGAUCUUUGAAUAAAUUGCAAAAAGGAUACUCAAUACCUCGAUUAGAAUUAAUGGCAAUAAAUGAAGGAAUAGAUCAUUUUUAUGCAGACCUUAGAUUAUCUAAAGGAAUACGAAUUUUAACAGAUA